CUUUUUUCCUGUGCAUAUACGAGUACAUCAAGACUUUAAUUGACUUUGUCUUGUCCCUUGUUGAUAGUGUAUUUUAAUGUGCUUGUGUCUAUGUCUUUAUCAGUGGAUGGAAAAUGGCAAACUACACUGUGAAUAAUGUAGACAGCUUCAUCAUCACUGGAUUUGAUCACCUGCAGAACCAAAAGCUCCUCGGAUUCCUCGUCUUAAUAACCUACAUGCUCAUAUUGCUUGGGAACGGCAUCAAUCUGUGUAUCAUCUUGACUGACAGACAUUUACAUAAACCAAUGUACAUAUUAAUCUGUAAUCUAGCCGUUGUUGACAUAAUGUACUCCUCUACCUGCAGCACAACCAUGAUCUCAGUGCUGCUGGCUGAGAUUAAAACUGUGUCAUACUACUCGUGUAUCUCAAGGACAUACUUCUAUCAUCUUGGUGAUUACACAGAGUGCAUGGCUCUGACAUUAAUGGCAAUUGACCGACUUAUUGCGAUUAGUCUACCAUUAAGGUAUCACAGCAUUGUAACAAAUUCUCGAACCCUUCUGCUUAUUUUUGUGAUCUGGAUCAGUGGUUUUGUUGUACUAGGUUUUGUGAUAUCAGUGUUAGACAGUGUCCCAUACUGUCAGCCUGUUAUCAGAUAUGUCUUUUGUGAAUAUGCUGCCAUGAUUAGAGCUGCUUGUGUGAAUCCUGAACCAUAUUUUUUCUUACCUGCAAUGUUAAGUCUGUGGCCAAUGUGUGGACAAUUUCCCUUUAUAAUGUGCACUUAUGCUGUGUUGGCAUAUAAUGUGACCAAACUCUCCAACAACUCAAACAGAAAGCAAAUGAUCAACACUUGUUUGAGUCACCUCAUUGUUCUGCUCAGUUUUUAUGCACCAAAGCUAGUCUCAGCGUUACUAACUCGAAUAGGAGUUGUGCUUACUUUAACAGAGCGAAACGCAAUUUUGAUUGUAGCCUCUCUUGUUCCUCCCUUGAUAAAUCCCAUGGUUUAUUGCACCAGGACUAAGGAGAUCAGGAAACGAUUAGCACAUAUAUUUCUGCACAACAAAAUAGUACCAAAUCAUUUAAAGUCAAUAUCAAAAGCUUUAUCAUCUUAAUUGUGAUUGUAAUGAUGUUGCUAUUGGUUGUUUUGAUAAUGUGUUUUGUGAUGCUGUUGCUUUUGCUUGUGUUAGAUAAGACAAAUCAUAGACAUGCUGAUGUUGAAUUGUUUGUUUUCAAAUAAAGUAAAUGAAAAAUAGGGAAAAUAUUUGGAGCUCUGAUUAUUUUUUAAAUGACAGUAUUGGCAGAAAUUUAAAAUUAAAUUUUAAACAGAAAGACUUUCUAUGAAUUGACAAAGAGUUUUUAAACAAAACUGUUUAUAGAUGCAUUGUAUAUCCCAUCUUUGUAUGUGAAGCAUGAAUAAUCCUAUGUAUGUGUAGCAUUAAUAAUAACAAUAAUCAUAAUAAACAAAAUUC